UUAUUUACUUGCUGCAAGCUUUUAUUUCUUUUAUGUUUAGUGGUGUAAGGACUGUUUUGACGAUAUGUAUUUGUUAUGGAUAAUUAAAGAUUUUUACACUGCCAGUGUUUAAAAGUAUUAAGUAGCCUGUUAAAACGUUUGCACAGUUACACUCAGCAAAGCCUUUAUGCAAGCAAGGCAUCAGUAAGAUAUACAUUAACCUGCUGACUGUUAAUUCUAUGUUGCUCCUCACUUUGUAACAUGUCAACAUGCAAGUAAACCCUACAGUACAAAGAAAUAGAAAAUAAAUAUGUUAAUUGUUUUAGACAGCCCCCUUCACCCAAAUGAACAGUUUUUUUGUGCUUGGAUUUUGUGUAUUACAGUCUGAAACAUCACUGUAUUUCAUGCAAUGCCUGUAAUGUUAAGUAACUGAUAAAUGUUCAAUGAUAUUGAUACAAAAAGAUUUCAUUACAUUAUAAAGGUUGCAGCCUGUCUAACUUUUAAUUCUCUCUCUUUCUCUCUCUGUCUCUCUCUCUUUCUCUGUGCAGGCUGAAACUGAAGCAACAGGGCCUUCAAUCUGGGACUAUGAGUGCUGGUACAUUGAGCAUUUAAGAUCAUUUGAGCUGACAUCUACAGGCAACUUCCUUGUGCAUCAGCUGGCAGACUUAAAUGACACAGAAAUGGCAGCUCAAAACUUCCUUCUUCAUGUCCAUACCUCCCCAGACAUUGUCAGAAAGAUGACUUUAAGUUCACGUCCAGAAUCUGUGGAUGAGCUAAAAAUUAUGAUGAAAGAAAAGUUUAGGCUAGACAGUGACUUUAGCCUAGCAUACGAAGAUCCAGAUUUUGAUAGGCAGUUAUGUUCACUUGUAGAUAUUGAAGAACUUCCACAGAAGGCUGUACUGAAAGUGAUCAGGUCCGAGAGUGAUGCCAGUUCAGUAGCAUCAGACGACACAAUAAUAUUGCCUCAUGCCAUGACUCCAGGCAGGACUGAAAGAUGGCCUUAUGUAUUUCCAGUGCCGACUUUUUCUCAUGACGUAGAAUUCUCACUUGGUGAAGGAAAUGCUACAUAUGAGAGAACAGGGAGAACUCUUAGGUUAUCUAAGGGACAAAAGCAUGACAUUCUUGAGACCCUUGCUAACAAAAUGCAUAGCUUCACAGCAUACCCUGAGGAUAAGCACUUGUCAGUGGUAGCAGAAGCACUUGUCACCAAGCAUCCCUGUCUUAAAGAGCCAGGAUCUCAGACAGGAUGGUAUGGUUGGAAAAAUAGUCUGAAGUUUAAAAUGGGAAACUACCGCAGUAAGUUGAGUCGUGCAGGGAUUUUUGAGGUAGCUGUGAAUUCUGGGAAAAGGAGCAGAAACAACCCAGACAGACAAUGUCCCCAUGCUAACAUCAAAAGACCAAAGAGGGCAGAGGUGAAUUUCCUCCCUAAUUUCCCAAGAGGUCAAGAUUCUGCAAGCCUUGAACAAUUGAGACUCCAAAUUGUGGAUGAAGUGAAGAUGAGUGACAAGAACCUUUUCCUGAUUGGAAAGUUGAUGCAGACCACCUUUGCCCUGCGGCGCAAAGAGGUCAUCAGUGAUGAGUCACCUGUCGAUGAGAUCCUGGAAUGCUGGCCUGCCCUCAAAAUUGAGUCACAGAUCUGUGCAGAGUUUCACAGAAUCUCAAACAUCAACCUGAAGAACAGCUUCUAUGCUGAGUUGGAUCAACAUGCUCCCCGUUUUCUGAGCUUGUUCAGGAAGAAAGCUGCACGCACAGGAAAAAUAGCAGAAGUCCUCAGUGAGAUUUUCAGGAUUUAUGACCUCCAGGAACAAGUUGACAUCCAUGUCAGACGUGCUGCUGUCCUCCGUGCUCUCCCUGCAUAUUUGCAUGAGGACAACUCCGGAUUUCUGAAGCAAUGGGAUAUGUCACAGUCUGACGAACCAAACAUCGACAACGUACCAGUUGGGCUCCUCUUGAUCAGUGCCAAUUCAACAGAUGCCACAUUCUUCUGCCCAGAGAGGAUUGCAGUCGUGCUUGAGGGUAACAUGGUUAUUGAUCUCCCCACAUUCGCUGACGCAUUCGUCAUGCUUUUUGCACUGAUUUAUGCGCUGCAUCUAAGUUACCCAAAAGCCUUGGCCAAUACAUUUGACUUUACCCAGAAAGUCUUGAUGGGCCUGGAGGAUGGGAAGCUGAAGCCUAGGGUGUUGAGCCUUAAAAAUGCCAUUUUGGCAGUGGAGUAAUGUCAAGUGUAUGGACAAACAAAAACAUGGUUGCUCCUUUACUUGAUACACUUGCACAGGAUGCACAUGAUACACUUUUUUUUUUCUUUUUUGAAAACCUCUUUAGAGAUCUGUUUCGACAGUAUUCUCAGUGAAUUUUGAAUGUGUUACUGUUCAAAAGUAAUGUUUGAUGUAGUGUUUGUACUCUGGAUAUGUAAAACUGAAAUAGCUACAGCAAGUACAAAUAUCUUUUCAAAAACAUAACUGAAAUGUGUUUUGACAGUAAUGUAAAACAAACACAAUUGAUGGACCUGAAAGACAUUAUGCAGCUGGUGUUGUCCCCAUCAAUAGUAGUACAAACAAUUUUGAAUGUGUUACUGUUCAAAAGUGAUUUCUGAUCUAGUGUUUGUACUAUAUGUGUAUAACAGAAAUGGCUACAGCAGUACAAACCUUCUUUUUUUUUUUUUUUCCUGGAAAAUAUUUUAUGUUUUGGAAGUAAUGUAAAACAAGUAGCUUCUUAGUAGGGCGUUCAUUUUGCUAUACUGUUUGUACUGCUGUAGCCAUUUCUGUGGUGUCGUUAAUGUAUGAGGGAUGAUCAAUUCAAUUCAAUUCAAUUCAAUUCAAUUUUAUUUAUAAAGCCCAAUAUCACAAAUCACAAUUUGCCUCACAGGGCUUUACAGCAUACGACAUCCCUCUGUCCUUAAGACCCUCACAGUGGAUAAGGAAAAACUCCCCAAAAAAUGAACAGAACUGUUUAUGAUGAUAUUGGAUUUUAAUGAUUGUAGCGAUUAUAAGCUCUUCAAAUUUUUUAAGUAACCAAACAGAUAUUACUGUGUAUUUUAUCAGUAAACAGUUUUCUUGAUUGAUUUUUUUCCCCCACCCAGAAAAAUUGUGUAUUUGUAAGAUCACAUAUGUGUUUGUCCACUCAUAAAUGUGGUGGUUCUUUCUUCCACCAUUUCCUUAGGCCUUUGCACUGUUUUACUUAAGUACUACCAGUACUGUAUUUUUGAUGUUACUGUUGGAGUGUUUGUACUGUAUGGAAGUUAAUAGGGUUGGAGAUAUCCUUUAUACGGUGACAGUUAAUGAUCAGAUAUAUUGCCAUGUUCACAAGCUUGCAAUUCCUUUUAUUUUUAUAUACAUAAUGGUCAUGACAAUAUUGGAAGAUUUUUGUUUUAAAAAUUUUCAUGAUGUAUAUCAGUAUCAUGAUAAAACUUACCUGUACCGUGAAAGGAAUUUAUUGUCCACUUCUAGAGGUGAUAAUCCUCUUGCCAUUUUCAAAAGGCACUUGCACUGUUACUUUGCUGUUACUUGCUGUUACUUAAUAAAAGAGUAACUUGUAUUUAAA